AUGGGUCUCAGCAAACCUACCGAAGUCCAAGCCCGCUGCAUUCCUCCACUCUUGGCAGCCAAAGAUGUGCUGGGCGCAGCUCAGACAGGCUCCGGCAAGACUUUGGCUUUCCUGAUUCCCUCCAUCGAGAUGCUCGCUCGUCUGCGAUUCAAACCUCGCAAUGGCACGGGCGCAGUGGUCAUUUCUCCCACUAGGGAGCUGGCUCUGCAGAUAUUUGGCGUAGCAAAGGAGUUGAUGAGCAUUGCGGGAUACUCUCAAACGAUAGGCAUCAUCAUGGGUGGGGCAAAUAGGAAAGCGGAGGCGGACAAGCUGAUGAAGGGCGUCAAUCUCAUCAUCGCUACCCCUGGGCGAUUGCUGGACCAUUUGCAAAACACUAAAGGCUUUGUUUUCUCGAACCUCAAGGCGCUUUGUAUCGACGAGGCGGACAGGAUUUUGGAGAUUGGUUUCGAGGAUGAGAUGAGGCAAAUCAUCAAGCUGUUGCCCAACGGUGAGUGUCGGUGAGGCGGUUUGGUUCAGUGGAGUCUGCCAUGAGAGCAUCACGGCCCGCAAAGCUUCUCAGCGACGAGCACGCCCUCAAAGGUGCAUUGCAAAAGCGCAUACAUUAGGUCCGCUUCGCUGACACGCUUUCUGUGUACACCCCUGUCAGAAAAUCGUCAAACGAUGCUAUUUUCUGCCACACAGACGACUAAAGUUCAAGAUUUAGCACGCAUAUCACUCAGGCCUGGACCGCUCUACAUCAAUGUACACGCAGAUCUGAGGGCUUCCACAGUGGAGAGAUUAGAGCAAGGCUACGUGGUCUGCGACUCUCACAUGCGCUUCCUGCUGCUGUUCACUUUUCUGAAGCGCAACCGGGGCAAAAAGAUCAUCGUGUUUAUGAGCAGUUGCAACAGCGUCAAGUACCAUGCCGAGCUGCUCAACUACAUCGACAUCGCUGUACUGGAUCUUCACGGCAAGCAGAAACAGCAAAAGCGAACGUCCACCUUCUUCGAAUUCUGCAAUGCUCCCAGUGGAGUGCUGCUGUGCACGGAUGUAGCUGCUAGAGGGCUGGACAUACCCAAAGUGGACUGGAUCAUUCAGUUCGAUCCACCCGAUGAUCCGAGGGACUACAUCCAUCGAGUCGGUCGAACAGCGAGAGCUGGAAAGGAUGGCAAAAGUCUGCUUUUCCUCUUGCCCUCCGAGCUGGGCUUCUUGCGAUUCCUGAAAGUGGCAAAGGUGCCCCUGAACGAGUAUUCCUUUCCUCCUAGCAAGAUUGCAAAUGUUCAGGGUCAAGUGAGUCAAUGCCACGCGCUUUCUCGAAAAUAUGCGGUCUCGCAUACUGACAAACGUAAGACUCGCCUUCUUGCUCCUAUCUUAGUUGGAAAAGCUCAUCUCCAAAAAUUACUACCUGAACCAAUCCGCGCGUGACGGCUACCGGUCAUACUUGCAAGCCUACGGCUCAUACUCGCUCAAGAGAAUCUUCAACAUUCACGAGCUGGAUCUGGCCAAAGUGGCUCGCGCAUUCGGCUUCUCCGUCCCUCCCAAGGUGAAUCUGGCCAUUGGAGCUGGGCUCAAAGGUGCGCCCAGCGCUGCUGGAGGCAAGAAAAGGAGAGCGGGAGAUGAGAUCGAUGUGGAUGAGGAGGUGGAGGAGCAAGAAGAGGAGAGGCAAGAUGCGCAAGGAGCGCUGGCGCCGGAAGAGGAGGACCUGCAGAUGCAAGGUAGCAGAGCCAGGGAGAAGCAGAGCGAUAGAAGGAGCUACAAGAAGGCUUCGUCCACUAGCAAAAGGCAGCGAUUUGGCAACGGUGGCAAGAAGGCCGGCCAGUGGAGUCGAUAG